CGACCGGAGGUACUGAGACUUUGUAACCGUAGGGUAUACACUGGUUGGGAAUUAGGAUUUAAGACGGACAGGGCAGCACGGCGCAGAAUAGGAGACCGAGUCUGAACUGAGCGCACAGGUGACUGCUGCCACUCUGCAAAACCAAACUGGAAAUUCUGGGGAUGUUUGCAUUCUUUGCUUUGAGCAAUAAGCAUAAGCAAGAGCCCCACACUGACUUGUGAACUAUACUGUGGAACCUUUUUAUACAGACCAGGGCAGAUAAAACUACAAUAGACUGAGCUCAGUCAAGUGUUUUAGGACAUUUGGUGCAUAACGCUCAAGGAGCAACUUCCCUAAAAUUCCUGGAAUCUUGGGCAGGUCCUUAAACACUGGUGGUAGUCAUUGGUAAAUGAAAUAAGGACUGAAAGAGUCUUUCCUGGAUUACGUGGUGGUGGCGUCCCUAUUUAGCAGGCUGGGAGUGGCUUUGGGAUGCCUGAACUGGAUAACUUUCCCCCCUUGAGGGGUCCCAGAGGCCCUGACCUGGGCCUAAAUGGACCAGCAGACCCAGCUCAAAUUCAGCACAGCAUCCUUGAGGAGCAGGUGGAGCUGUGGUGGUUCCGAGAUCCUGGGAAGUCUCUGCUCUGCUACUGUGUGGCUGUACUUCUAAUCCUGGGCUGUGGGCUGGGAGGUGUUGGACUUCUCUCCACCACCACCAGCGUCUCAAGCGAAUGGCGGCUGGGCGCAGGCACAGCCCUCUGUCUACUAGCCCUGGGAGUCCUGCUCAAACAACUGCUCAGCUCGGCUGUGCAGGACAUGAAUUGCGUUCGAAGCCGUCAGCGGAUUGACAUGCUAAAAAGUGGCGGUUUAUCAGACCUCCUUGUGGUUUUGUUUACCGGGCUGUCACUAUUGAUUUGUGGAGGGGUUCUACUACAUCUGGCCCUGGUUAACCACAUGCCGAAGCCUGGUCAAGCCCUCAAUGACAUGUACAUCUCUGGAGUGGUCAUGCUGGCUGGAGGGGGGGCUGCAGUUGUGGGUGUUGGGAUAUACUCUGUUGUGGUGAUUACGCUUGAGAGGACAAGGCAUGGACGAAGGUUGGUGGACCGGGUUUUGAAUAUCUUCACUGUUUCUGGGCACAUGGACCGCCAGGCUCGCAGAGAGACUACCUCCAGUCUGGCUAACCUCAUAUGAAAUAUAACCACACUAAGACUGUGUAUUUUGGCCCCUUGCUCUUAAUGUCAGGAACAUUUAGCCCACACAUUACAAAAAAUCCAAUCAAAACAAGAUUCACUCCUUACAUGCUUCAACUUUGUCACCAGCUGAUCAGACUGUGACAAAAUGAUUGAAUGUGUAAUAUCUGCUAGGUGAAGAUGCACACACACACACACACACACACACAUACACAUACAGUGCUGCACACAGAAAAAUUGAUUACUACAUGGCAAUGCGAUUGACUGGCGACCAGUCCAGGGCGUACCCUGCCUCUCGCCUGUAGUCAGCUGGGAUAGGCUCCAGCUCCCCUGCGACCUUGACGGAUAAAGCGGUAUAGAAAUUGGAUGGAUGGAUGGCAAUGCUCACAAUGCAGCUGAGAGUGUCCCAGUUCAGGGGACGGUGGCUUGUACUUUACAUGUGAGGGGUAUUUAAAAGUUAAAAGUUUUACACAAUGUAAAUCAUCCACCAUUGCCAAAAAAUGCCAAAAAAAAAUUGGUGCCUGUGGCAGAGGCAGUGUUAGUAUGCAGGUCACAAGCACAAAAGCAUGCAAAACAAGAGCAUAAAAAGUAGAUCUGAUUGGUAUUUAGGGAGAUUCAGUCAAUUGAAAAGCACAUUUUUGUCAGGCAUGGCAACUUUUGAUGUUAUUGUUAUCAGAUAGGUUCAGCAGUAUGGAUUUAAAUACAAAGAUCUGUGAUGUGAGAACAGCCUACAAUCAGUGGUCUCUUUUGAUUUAAAAAUAGCUGUUCUCAGGCAAUGUAUGAACAAAAAGUUGUAAGAAGUGUAAGCCUACACAGAUGAAGAGACUGAAACUUAACUUGUCAGAGGUGAAAUGAGGAUGUGGUUAAAGGGGCCAUUUACAAUUUGUGUGUAUAAUGUAUCUGUUAUAA